CAAUGGCCCGAGUGGAGGAGUCCCACUAUCGCCGCUUGUUCCGUGAGUUUUUGCGUCAGAGUUACAUCAAUGGACUUCAUCCGUUCCUCUAUCAAUCACCCGUUCGCUAUGCCAAAGCUCUCUGGCUUGCUGUGCUUACAGCCCUUGUGAUCUACACCCACAUAGUGAUCGUCGACCUCACCCAGGAGUACCUGGUGCAGCCGACCGAGAUCCACAAGGCCCCCGACCUGGUGCACGUGGCCAACAGCCCCUUUCCGGCGGUCGGCGUGUGCACCGCCAACAAAAUCAGCCAACGCCUGCUCCGGGAUUAUGCCGUAAAACUAUUCCAACACCAGGGCAACUCCUCGCUGCAGGCGGUGGCCCUAGACGUGGACGAUAUGGCCGAUCGCCUGCUGGUGCUGGCUCAGUUCUACCUGAACCCCCUCGAAACCGAGCGUUGGAACGCCUCGGAGCUGGGUCGACUGCACCGGUUGCUCUUCAGUUACUACCGCGACAGUGAGUACUCGGUACGCGAUAUACUGCGUGACUUGUCGCCCGAUUGCGGGGAACUUGUGAUCAGGGGCAUCGUCUUCGGGGCGCCCGUCAACACCAGUCGAUUGUUCCUGAAGCGACCCACCUCGUCGAAUGUGUGCUGCAUAUUCAACUAUCGACGUGCCAGCUACUCCCGAUUUGCCACCAAGAGGGCCGAGGACGAUGCCGAAAUGAGAGCUGUUCCCAAGGUCGUUUUCGAAUCGAAUUCUAUUCUGAACAGCGUUCAGUUUGUACUGCAGGGAACUCCAGAGGAUGAUAUGACGAACACCUUUAACACCAAUAACGCUUUUCAUCUCACCAUUUUUCCACAAGAGGACUAUGCCACCGUCCAAUCUACGACAUUGGGCGAGGUGCUUGUGGAUCAUGACACCAUAGUGGAGAUACCCAUACAGCCAAUGUUCUUUACCUCGGCUAAAGAGGUUCACGGAGUUCCACCACACAUACGACGUUGCUACUAUCCUGAAGAAGGCAGUCGACUGCUGAACCAAACUUACUACUCCCUGGACGAGUGCCUCCUGGUUUGCCGCAUCAAGAGCAUGAUCGAUCACUGUGGCUGCGUCUCCCCGCCAAUGGGGGGCAGUUCCCUCGAUGUCGCCUACUGCAUGCUACCCGAUCUUCCCUGCCUGAUGAGAUGGAAGAGCAUCUGGUACGGCUACAAUGAGUUUUCCUUCCUGCAGAGCAAGGAUGAGCAUCUGGCCCAACGGCAAUGCGAGCAGUGUCUGCCCACCUGCAACGGAGUCAGCAUGAGCAUCACCACCAAUGUGGCUCCAUUGAGACGAACCUAUAAUAAUACUGUCUACUUUACUGGGUUACUAAAGGGAUUGAACAACGAGCGACCAUUGGCCAUAAUUAAACUCUUCUUUAAGCUGCGUUUUGCCCAAGCCACCAAAUCGCAACUAGUGAGCACAUGGGUUGUACUUCUAAACCGAUUUGGAGGCAUCCUCUCGCUUAUGUACGGCUUCAGCAUAGUUAGUUACAUAGAGAUCCUCUACUAUCUCACAGGAAAAGGAUUUGUCUACAUAUACAGAUCGUUGACAGACAGAAAGCCCAGGAAAAGCAACUACUCCCUUUACUGGCGUGAGCUUAUGCCCAAGGGCCUUAAGAGCCCACCUCUUAACAAUUAGCAUCC